UGAUUGAUUAGUACGUUACUCAAACAUGAGCGCACUUAGAGUUCCAGAAGACGAAACUACUCAUCGAAGAAGAGGUUCUUCAGUUGGCCACAUCAAUGUAGGUGACACUGCAUCGAUUGGUUUUUCAACAUUACCUAGUACUAAGCAACAAAGAAAACGUUCAAGAUCUAGACUUGUCGAAUUGGAACUGCACGGUAAGUCAGACACUGCUAUUGUCAAAAAGAUCAUUAUCGCCUUUCAAGAGUUGACCUACCGUCAUACUUGGAUCUACCCCUUGAUUUACUUGUCUGGUAUAUUAAGUACUUUUUACCUUUCCACCCCAGAAAGUAAAACUCAUCAAGUUUUAGCCGAGUUUAUUGUUCCUUCUUACCACAUUGAAGGAACAGACCAAUAUGGUAAAGGUGGAAAUGAUUUCAAGUUUGUUGCAUUCUAUGCUUUGUUUUUCACUUUCUACCGUGAAUUUUUAAUGUGUUGUUUCCUUCGUCCAAUUGCCAAGUGGCUUGGUAUUUCCCGUGCAUCCAAACAAAAGAGAUUUAUGGAACAAACUUAUUCCAUGGUCUACUAUGGAGUUGCCGGACCUGUUGGGUUAUGGAUCAUGUCAAGAUUACCGCUUUGGUACUUCAAUACCACCCAGUUCUACGUUGCUUACCCGCACAAGACACAUGAUGUUUUCUUUAAGUGUUACUACUUGGGCCAAGCCGCUUUCUGGGUUCAACAGUCCGUGGUGCUUGUGUUGCAAUUGGAAAAACCAAGAAAGGAUUUCAAGGAAUUGGUGUUUCAUCACAUUGUCACUAUUGCUUUGAUUUGGUGUUCCUAUAGAUUCCACUUCACUUGGAUGGGAUUAGCUAUUUACAUCACUAUGGAUAUUUCCGAUUUUGUGUUGGCUACUUCCAAGACAUUAAACUAUUUGGACUCUCCAAUCACUGGUCCUUUCUUUGUCGUAUUUAUUGGUGUUUGGGUAUAUCUCAGACAUUACCUCAACUUGAAGAUCUUGUGGUCGGUUCUUACUGAAUUCAGAACCGUUGGUGAAUGGGAAUUGAAUUGGGAUACUCAACAAUAUAAAUGUUAUAUUUCCCAACCAAUUACAUUCUUCUUGAUCUUUGCCUUGCAAUUGGUUAAUAUUUAUUGGUUGUUUUUGAUCUUUAGAAUCUUGUAUAGAUAUGUAUUUGUGGGAGAAACCAAGGAUGAAAGAAGUGACGAUGAAGAAGAAGAUGAAGUCAGCAGCGAAGAAGAAACCAAGAAGAACAACUAGACUGCUUCAAAUAGAUACACCAACAUCUGACUUUAAUAAUCUGCUUCCCCCCGUCAUUUGUUGUUUUAAUAGUGUUAAUAGUAAUUGUUAUAUUUUCUAUAAUUUGCAA